CAUACUGUCAUACCCCAGCUGCUUCAAUCAUGUUCAGAGUAAAACUCCUUUUUGUCACCUUGGUUAUAUUUCCCAGUGCAGAGGCUUGGAUUAAAGCUGGUUACUGGGAUUCUGUUAGUGAAUUUCCAGUUCCAGACAUCAAUUCGGCUCUGUUUACACAUCUCAUUUGCGCCUUCGCACACAUAAAUUCGUCGAGUUAUGAACUCUCUAUAUCCUCAUCUGAUAAAGUACACAUGUCGACCUUCACAGAAAUAGUCAGGCGAAAAAAUCCAUCAAUUAUAACCCUAUUGUCCACACGGGGAGGAGAGGCAAAUUCUUCAAAAAUUUUCGAAAUGGUCAGUACAUCUUCCCGCAGAAGGUCCUUCAUCAAAUCUUCCAUCAAGGUCGCCAGACAGUUUGGAUUUCUAGGUCUUGAUCUCGUCGGCGUUGGUCCAAAUAUGCCUAUCAACUUGACCAAUGUGGGAGCUUUUCUAGAUGAGUGGCGAGAAGCAGUAAAUUCUGAACCAAAAAAUUCGAACACCCCACCACUGAUCUUGACCAUGGGAGCACGAUAUUCACCAACUCAAAACUUCAUGACUUACCCAAUAGAUGCAAUCAAGAGAAAUGUCAAUUGGGUGCACCUCAUAUCUUACGACUAUUAUCUGCCAUCAAAGGAUAAUUUCACAGGAGCGCAUGCUGCAUUAUAUGAUCCAUCAAGCAAUCUAAACACAGACUAUGGAAUAAAGGAAUGGAUUAAAAGAGGAUUACCGGCCAACAAACUGGUCCUGGGAUUGCCAUACCAUGGUUAUGCCUGGACACUCAUAAAUCCUAAUGACAACACAAUAGGCGCUGCGGCCAAUGGCCUGGCCAUAACUGCAGAUGGAUCAAUAAGCUAUAAACUCAUCAUGUGGUUCUGUAAAAUCAAUGGUGUCAGACCACUGUUCAACUCCACAUACGUGACGAACUACAUGAAAAUUGGAUCAUCCUGGAUUGGUUUUGACGAUAUAGAGGCUGUCAAGAUUAAAGUUUCUUAUGCCAAGAAGAAUGGGCUUCUUGGUUACUGCGUGUUUCAAGUUCCCAACGAUGACGAAAAUUGGGUUCUUUCUAGAGCAGCUGGAGGAGAAGAGGAAGAUCAAAAAAGUAAAAAAUCAUUGCUGGUUAUUGUAUUGCCAACAGUGUUCGUAGCUAUUCUCCUAUCUGGAACAGCAAUAUGUUGCUUGAAGAGGAAAAUAAUCAUGCCAAGAGUCAGAAGAGAAACCACUUCAGGGAAAAGAGUUGUGUAUCCUAAUCUCCAAGAUCUCACUUUCAAUGAGGUAAAAGCAGCCACAGAUAACUUCGCAUGUGAAAGCAAGCUAGGUGAAGGUGGAUUUGGACCUGUAUAUAAGGGUAAGUUGGGAGAUGGACAAGAGGUAGCAGUAAAAAGACUUUCGCGAAGCUCAAAACAAGGGGCAGAGGAAUUCAAAAAUGAGGUUGCACUUGCAGCAAGAUUACAACACGUCAACUUAGCGAAACUUCUGGGAUUUUGCAUUGAAGGGGAAGAAAAGAUGCUGAUAUAUGAGUACAUGCCAAAUAAGAGCUUGGACACAUAUCUAUUCGAUCCAGUAAAGAGGUGGUUGUUAGAUUGGGAGAAACGGGUUCAAAUUAUUGAAGGAGUCAGUCAAGGGCUUCUAUAUCUCCAGGAAUACUCAAUAUACACAGUGAUUCACAGAGAUCUGAAGGCUAGCAAUAUUUUACUGGACAUUUACAUGAAGCCUAAAAUAUCAGAUUUCGGAAUUGCAAGAAUUUUCCAGAGAGAUGAAAUUGAAGCAAAUACACAGAAGAUUGUCGGAACUUAGUAAGCCAAGCAAUUCUAAAGCUCCCGUAAAAAUAUGAUGUUACUUAUAUAUGAUGUUACUUUUACGUACUCAAUUUUUUUUUCUUGCAACUCAGUGGUUAUGUUCCUCCAGAAUAUGUCAAACGAGGUAUGUACUCCAAAAAGUAUGAUGUUUUCAGUUUUGGCGUACUACUGCUACAAAUCAUAAGUGGCAAGAAGACAUCAAAUCUGUAUGGUGUGGAUAAAAA